CGCCUCAUAACCGUUUCGCUUCUUGUUUCUACUGUUUGCUUCUGUCAAGAUGGCGGAUCGUAGGAGGCAGCGCGCUUCACAAGACAGCAGCGAGGAUGAGUCCGAUUCGCCGCCUGGAAGCGCAGUUCCUUCCCCGCGCGGCACCCACCGCCUUGGCCUGGCCGGGGCGGGAGGCGGCGGCGGCGGCGGCGGCGGCGGUGGUGGUGGUGGUAUCGCCGGUACUGAAAGUGUGGAGGUGGCGGUGACCGUGGGAGGUAGCCCGGCCGACUCGGAGUGUGAGAGUGAAGAUGGCAUAGAAGGAGAUGCUGUUCUUUCCGACUAUGAAAGUGCUGAGGACUCUGAGGCUGAGGAGGGAGAAUACAGUGAGGAGGAAACAUCCAAAGUGGAUCUGAAGCGAGAUAGUAAUGAUACUGAGUUGACAACAAAAGCAGACAAAGGGGAUGAAAAGCCAGAAUCCAAAGGCACCGUGGCAGGCGAGAGACAGAGCGGGGAUGGGCAAGAGAGCACUGAAGCAGUUGAGAACAAGGUUGGCAAAAAACUUCCUAAGCACCUUGAUGAUGAUGAGGAUCGGAAGAACCCUGCAUACAUACCUCGCAAAGGUCUUUUCUUUGAGCACGAUCUUCGUGGGCAGACCCAGGAAGAGGAAGUCCGGCCUAAGGGUCGCCAGCGUAAGCUGUGGAAAGAUGAAGGGCGGUGGGAGCAUGACAAGUUCCGGGAAGAUGAGCAAGCACCAAAAAGCAGGCAGGAACUGAUUGCUCUUUAUGGAUAUGAUAUCCGCUCAUCACACAACCCUGAUGACAUCAAGCCCAGGAGGGUGCGCAAGCCAAGAUUUGGUAGUCCACCACAAAGAGAGCCAAACUGGUCCAAUGAAUGGCCAACUAAGCCUCCACGUCACCAGAGCCUAGACAGUACUCCUGUGCCGCCCCGGACAUUCAUCAACCGCAACUCAGCAGGGACAGGGCGGAUGCCUCCACCAAGGACUUUCGUGAGGCCCAGCGGCUAUAAAGAGACCCGCCCGAGCUAUCGUGCUGUGGACGUGAGCAGUCAGCAUGCACCUCGCUUCAGCGAGCAGUCGAAGCAUGAGAACAGUUACCGGGCCAGGCGCUCAGAGCCUGUUGCACCACGAGAGUCUUCUCCAGAGGCAGAAAUCCCACAUAUCCACAACAGCCCUGAUAAAAAGGAAGAGGUGGUUUCAGAAAGCCAAACAAUUCCUGCUGAUGUUCUGCAGCCACCACCAGAUAGGCCCGUGGAAAAGAAGUCCUAUUCUCGGGCAAGGAGGAGUCGGAACAAAGUGGGGGAGACAGGGAAAUUGGCAGAUGAAGUCCCACUUCCGUCGGGGUUGACUCCUACACCACUGAAAACUGCAGAGGUUGUACCGUCCCCGUCACCAGCAAAGACUGGUAACUGGGAGGUGCCUGUCGAAGCCAGUCUAGAUGGUCUUGAGCAAGACAUGACCCAGUUAAAUAUAACAGAACAGAACUGGAACCAAGGGCAGCCCCAGUUCAUACAACCUCAGGGUAUUCCCAAUCAGAUGCACAUUGGAGCAGCCCCACCCCCUCAGUUCAACAGGAUAGAAGAGAUGGGAGUUCAGGGUGGCCGUGCAAAGCGUUACUCGUCACAGCGUCAGAGGCCUGUCCCAGAGCCUGCUCCACCAGUGCACAUAAGCAUAAUGGAAGGACACUACUACGACACACUACAGUUCCAGGGACCCAUCUACACUCAUAGUGAGAAUCCUGCCCCUUUGCCUCCCCAAGGGGUGAUUGUUCAGCCAGAAAUGCAUCUCCCCCAUCCAGGCUUACAUCCACACCAGACACCUGCUCCUUUGGCUAAUCCUGGUUUGUAUCCUCCUCCGGUCUCAAUGCCCCCUGGACAGCCACCGCCGCCGCCGCCACCCCAACAGCUGCUAGCACCAACCUACUUCUCCCCUCCUCCUGGAGUGAUGAAUUUCGGCAGUCCCGGUUACCCCUACCCUCCAGGAGCGCUUCCGCCACCCCCACCUCCCCACCUCUAUCCCAACACUCAAGCCCAGUCUCAGGUGUACGGAGGGGUCACCUAUUACAACACAGUCCAGCAGCAAGUGCAGCCAAAACCUUCACCUCCCCGAAGAACAUCCCAGCCAGUCACCAUCAAGCCUCCACCGCCUGAGAUUCUCGUUGCAGGUUGUAAACAGGGCUCCAGUUAACAUUUCUAAACGCUUUUGAAGCCAGCUUCUGGCUUGUGAACUUACUUGUUCUCUAGAAAAACACACAGGCCUAAUUCUCAUGGAAAAGAUAAACCUAUGACUGUGCUGUGCCACUUCAGUCUGCAAGUGGGGGCUGAGUGAUGGAAAGGUCAUUCAUUCAAAAACAUUUCCUUCAUGUAGACAACUAGUAUGUGAGCGAGAAAGCUGAGCUAAAGCCAUUCUUCAUCUUGCUACUUUUCUGUGUGCAGAAAUACUAUGGCUUCUGUUGAAGAGCAUCCCUUCAUGUGAACUCUACCACCUGCACUCUGAAGUGGUAUAGCCCAGACACAGGUUUGCCAUCCCAGUAAGAGAAAGGCCAUAGUGCAUUGUGAGUUACUCAUGAUAGUCAGCAAGGAACUGCAGCUAAUUUAAGAAAGCACAUACACCCUUAAAACUGCUUAUUCUCUGGGUAACCCUCCUCAAUGUGAAUUUCUUAUACUGUAGUGCUUUGCUUGAAGUAACAAGUUUAGAAAGAAUGCCCUGGGCCAUCUAGUGUAAUCCAUUGGCCUGUUGGUAAACAGCUGAAUCAUAAGCUUGUACAAAUAGCAAUGCAAAGACUUGUGUGUGUUUAGAAGGUACUGUUCGAGUAGGGGUGUAGUGGCUAAAAUGUUGGACUGGAAGCCGGGAGAUCCAGGUUCUAGUCCCCACUCUGCCAUGGAAACCCACUGAGUGACUUUGGGCCAGUCACAGACUUGUAGCCCAACCUAUCUCACAGGGUUGUUAUGAAGAUAAAAUAGAGAGGAGGAGGAUUAUGUACACUUGCCUUGGGUUCCUUGGAGAAAAAAAGUGGGGUAUAAAUGCAAUCUAUCAAUCAAUAAAUAAUAAAGACAUUAAUUCGAUCCAGGUCACAGCAGACCAUGGCUUGCACUAACCCUAGUUUAGAUCAGGGAUGGGAUAGACACAGGACAUGAUGGCCAAUUGUACGGAAACAUACAUUCAGACUGGGUUCAGACAACACGAUAACCAGUGCUGGUUUAAAUAGUUUACAGUUGGUUAUUUAACCUACCAUGGGUUAUUGUGUUGUGCGGAGGGAGUUUUUUAACCAACGGUUGGUUAUUUGGCCGAAAUAACUAACGCUGUGUAGAGUUGGCUGUUUGAACCACCAUUGGUUAUUGUGUUGGGUGGUUAUAACCAUUGGUUAUUUCAUCAGCCAGACUCGCAAGGCAAGAGUGGUCAAAGCAGUGGCUGCUGCUCUAGCCCAGCUGGCAGGAUAGAUUUUUGGCAGCAAUGGCCAAUGGGAUACUAGUGGGAGGAGAGAGGGCAGGGGAUGAGUGAGACAACUCAGCGUGGAGUAAUAGUCAAUUAAACACUGAUCCUAAUCCACACCACGGUUGAUUAUUAUCAUGUUGUGUGGGAAAUACCUCCCAGAUAAGCAAUUGUUGAGUUGAUUACUACCCCACCGUUGACUGUGUGCCCUGAUUCCCAACACAAUUGCUGGCAUUUUGGCAGCACCUUCAUUGACAGCAGCAGAAAUGUGAAGCCCUUGAAGGGUUCCAUGGAGGCUAAUGGAGCCCUCCAACCCCAAAAGUUGCCCAUCCCUGGUUUAGAUUAUAGUUUUAGCUUUAAAAUGAACUGCAACCUCAUGGUAAAAAUUGGCAGACUAGAGGCAAAUAGAACAGGCAUAGGAGUGGGUUUUCUGUAACAGUCUCUUAUUUGCCUGCCAAGAUCUAAAACUCAUCAACUGUGGUACUGCCAGAUCCUAAGCAUGUUAAUGCCAGGCCUCUGUUUUCUCCCCCGCCCCCGUUUG